GGCGCAAAAGGUGCUGUUAUUAUUAUUAUAUAUUCAAUAGUGUAUUAUUAUUACGGACAUUUUUGCGCGCUCAGUUCUAUCAACUCAACGGGAGCAAGACCACGUUGCAGGGGAACGGCAGCCUCGCAGGGAGGCGCGGUGUCCCCGCGGUGUCCCGGAGCUCCCCGGGUGGUGUCCCCGCCGCCGGCGCGCUGUCCCCGCGGUGUCCCGGAGCUCCCCGGGUGGUGUCCCCGCCGCCGGGGCGCUGUCCCCGCGGUGUCCCGGCGCUCCCCACACGCCGUCUCCAGGCGCAUCCCGCAGACCGGGCGGGGCUGCCCCGACGCUAAAAUGGCGCCGGGCGCGCGCCUCACAUGCGGACACGUCCGCGCGGCCGCCUCGGGGCGGGGCCGCGGCCCGGCCCCGCCCCCCCGCUCGCGCCAAAGCGGCCGGUGACGCGCCCGAGCGGGGCCCCGCCCCCGCGCGCCGUGUUUUCAAACCCGGUGGGCGGGCGCGAUUGGCCGGCGUGCGCGGCACGUGACCAACGGUCGCGGGAAAGCCGCGGAGUCUGAACGGCGCGCGGCGGGGCCGUUCCUGGGCAGCGCGAGUGGAACCGGCGGCGCACGCGGGCGGAGCGCGGGCAGCGCAGCGGGAGCGGCCGGAGCGGCACGGGCGCAGCUGCCGCAGCGGCCGCCAUGAGCUUUCUCAGCCUGCAGCCGGCGGCGCCGCCGCGGCGUGUCUCGGCCCGGCGGGCGGCGGCCCCGAUCCGGCAGAAGUUGCUGUUCCUGAGCGGUCACAGCGACUGUGAGGAGGAGGAGGAAGAGGAGGAGGAGGAAGGCUGCGGCAACAGCAGCGCCAACAGCACCGGCGAGGACUCGGCGUUCCAGGAGGCGGACUCCCCGCUCUCGGCCGCGCGCACCCCGGCGCGGAGCGACCCGCCCCUGCUGGAGGAGGAGGAGGAGAUGGAGCCGGCGGCGGCGCCGCUGCCUGACGAGGGAGACUCGUGGGAGGAGGAGGGCUUCGGCUCUUCGCCGGUCAAGUCGCCCGGAGCCUACUUUCUGCUCGAUUCGCCCUCGCCGUUGGCCCCGCACAAGGGCCGGCGCUGCUGCGAGCGCUCCCCGCCGCACGCCGCGGCCGGCGGGUACCGGGGGGCGCGGGGCGAGGAGCCCGGCUCGCCGCUGCCGGACUACCCGGGCACGCCGCCGCACAAGACCCUGCGCAAGCUGCGCCUGUUCGACACGCCGCACACGCCCAAGAGUUUGCUUUCUAAAGCCCAAGGUUUAGGCUCCAGCUCAGUCAAACAUCGAGGGGGCUCGCUAUUCAUGAAUGUUGGGAAAUCGGAGAAGCAAGAAGAUGAUUUUAGACAAGCACCUCAUGUGAACAUUAAUCCCUUCACUCCUGAUUCCAUGUUCCUUCACAACUCCGAAGGCAAGUGUCGGAGGAGGAAGAGGAUACACUGGAAUGACUCUUGUGGAGAGGACAUGGAACCAAGCGAUGGAGAGCCUGAAGAGGAAACCGUAAGACCUGCUAAGAGGAUAACAAUAACAGAAAGUAACAUGAAGUCACGGUAUGCAACCGAAUUCCAUGAAUUGGAGAAGAUUGGAUCUGGUGAAUUUGGCUCUGUGUUUAAGUGUGUGAAGAGGCUGGAUGGCUGCAUCUAUGCAAUAAAACGAUCCAAGAAACCCUUGGCUGGCUCAGUGGAUGAGCAGAAUGCUUUAAGAGAGGUCUAUGCACAUGCAGUUCUGGGGCAGCAUUCUCAUGUAGUGAGGUACUACUCUGCAUGGGCAGAAGAUGAUCACAUGCUUAUACAGAAUGAAUAUUGCAAUGGUGGCAGUUUAGCAGAUGCCAUAAGUGAAAAUUACAGGAAUAUGCGUUACUUUACUGAACCAGAACUGAAGGACCUGCUGCUUCAAGUGGCUCGAGGUUUAAAGUACAUUCAUUCAAUGUCCCUGGUACACAUGGAUAUCAAACCUAGUAACAUUUUCAUAUCUAGAACAUCAGUCCCGAGUAUAACUCUAGAGGAAGGUGAUGAUGAUGACUGGUCAUCUGAUAGAGUCAUAUUUAAGAUAGGUGACCUGGGCCAUGUAACUCGAGUCUCUAGUCCUCAAGUGGAAGAAGGUGACAGCCGUUUCCUUGCAAAUGAAGUCCUACAAGAGAACUACACUCACUUGCCAAAAGCGGAUAUUUUUGCUCUCGCUCUGACUGUUGUCUGUGCUGCUGGGGCUGAACCACUUCCAACUAACGGGGACCAAUGGCAUGAAAUUCGGCAAGGAAAACUGCCCCGACUACCACAAGUGCUUUCUCAAGAAUUACUAGACUUACUAAAAGUUAUGAUUAAUCCUGAUCCUGAGAAAAGGCCUUCAGCAGUGGCACUAGUGAAGCAUUCAGUGCUUCUCUCUGCCGCAAAAAAGAGUGCGGAGCAGCUCCGGAUAGAGCUGAAUGCUGAAAAAUUCAAGAACUCACUCUUGCAGAAGGAGCUGAAGAAGGCGCAGAUGGCGAAGGCUGCGGCCGAGGAGCGAGCGUUGUUCACAGACAGAAUGACCACGAGAUCCACGACACAGAACCGACCAUCGCGGCUCAUCGGGAAGAAAAUGAACCGCUCCCUGAGCCUCACCAUAUACUAACCGUGAAGUCCAGGGGAGCUGCAAAGAUGCCUCAGCUUCUCUGCCGGACGGGCGAUACUGAUCUUGUCCUGCAAUCAGUAUCACCAGUUUUACAGUUACUGCUUCUGGGUUUUUACAUGUACUCUGUGGCUGAUUUAAUAUUAACCAUUGGAGUUACUGAACUCGGUUACUCUCCUGUCUGUAGAGGAUCCUGGAUGUUAUUCCAUAAGCCUUUCGGUUACAUUGUUAGAUGUUAUUUUGGCCCAGGGUUAACCACUAUAGUGGUGUGCUGCUUUGUAGUGUUACAGCAUUGUAAUAAGUAGUAAUAUCCCUAAUCUUUUAAGAAGGAGGGUGGGGGCCUUACUUUGUGUUUUGUUUUGUGGUUUUUUUUUUUUU